AUGCUCAGAAGUAUAAUAAACACAGGUGUUGUCAGUGCUUCAAGGCCAGUUUUUCGCUCGAGAUUCAGCACUUUUUCUUUGCAAUCCGCCAAAUUUCAACCGACAUUUGCUAAAAAAUCAAAAAAGUCUGCCAUUCCAAUUAAAGACACGAUCCGCUCGUCUGAUAAGACCCCAGUAGAGAUUCCUACUGAGACGAAACCAGGGAUUUUCAAGAGAAUGUAUAAUGGGUGGUGUGGCAUAUCGUUCAAGCUCAGAAUGUACGUUUGUAUUUCGACGUUUGUGGUGGCCUGGCUCGCUGAUUACAUCUCACAAAAAGUUUAUGAAAAUGCCAGAAUUAAACAAGAAGCUGAAAGAUUGGCCAAGAUAGAAUUUGAGAGAUUACAGCAGGGGAAAAUAGAACAGGGGGAAAAGCAAGAAGAAUCUUCCUAA